AUGAAGACCCUCAUCUUCCUCGCUCUCCUGGGAGCUGCUGUCGCUUUCCCCACCAACGACGAUGACAAGAUCGUCGGGGGCUACACCUGCCAGGAGAACUCCAUCCCCUACCAGGUGUCCCUGAACUCCGGCUACCACUUCUGUGGAGGCUCCCUCAUCAACGACCUGUGGGUGGUGUCCGCUGCUCACUGCUACAAGUCCCGCAUCCAGGUGCGUCUGGGAGAACAUAACAUUGAGGUCAUCGAGGGCAAUGAGCAGUUCAUCAACUCUGCCAAGGUCAUCCGCCACCCCAAGUACAACUCAGCCACCAUUGAUAACGACAUCAUGUUGAUCAAGCUGAACAGCCCUGCCACCAUCAGCAACCGAGUGUCCACCAUCUCUCUGCCAAGAUCCUGUGCCCCCGCUGGCACCCAGUGUCUCAUCUCUGGCUGGGGCAACACCAUGAGCAAUGGCUACAACUACCCCGAGCUCCUGCAGUGCCUGAAUGCUCCCAUCCUCUCUGACGCCGACUGCCGCAAGGCCUACCCCGGCCAGAUCACCGGCAACAUGAUCUGCGCUGGCUUCCUGGAGGGCGGCAAGGACUCCUGCCAGGGUGACUCUGGUGGCCCCGUGGUCUGCAACGGAGAACUGCAGGGCAUCGUCUCCUGGGGCUACGGCUGCGCCCAGAAGGGCAAGCCCGGCGUCUACACCAAGGUCUGCAACUACGUGGACUGGAUCCAGCAGACCAUGGCUUCCAACUAAGCACCUCGAUCUCUUCAUGACCCUUCCCCUGUUAGUCAAGUUCACCUUCCUUCUAUACCUGAAAAAAAUGUCUAAAUAAAAAC